CAACAGGGUCUCGAACAUGAAACUAACCAGCAAUCAUAUUUGCCCUUUGCCACAGCAUGGACACUCAUCAAGCAUCAAGUCCGUCCGCGGAACCGGGAUAGUCUAUCUCCCCCGUAACACACUUUCUUUUACUCAGGAUUCCUUGCUUCCCAGAGGGAGACUUUCUUCCCUCCCACAUCAUUCCCACCAUCUCUACGCCGGGUCGUCGAUGUGUAUACUACUGAGACCUUGAAGUCGAACAUUUCACAAGCUACCAAACUCACCAUCGCAUUCUCCUGGAUUUUUCAAAGAUGCAAUUGGCAAUUCCAUCCCUCCUAGACUCGCCGUCUGGGAAAGAGCUACUGGUCAAUGGACGGCCCUUCCUCAUUCGCGGCGCUGAGUUGCAGAACUCGUCCAUGACCUCAGCUGAUUACAUGGAAGAUGUCUGGCCAAAGCUUGCAGCGGCCAGUAUAAACACCGUCUUAGGCUGUGUGUCGUGGGAAAUGAUUGAGCCUAAGGAGGGGAUAUUUGUAUUUAAUGAGCUAGACAGCGUAAUCGCGGGUGCGAGAAGACACGGCCUACACCUCAUUCUUUUAUGGUUUGGAUCGUUUAAAAAUGGUCUUUCCACAUACGCUCCUGGGUGGGUUAAGAGAGACAUGAAGCGCUUUCCCCGCGCGAAGUUGCGGAAAGUUGGAGGGGUGUUGCACGUCGCAGACGUCCUCUCGAUCUUUCAUGCCCAAACUUGGAAGGCUGAUGCGCGAGCUUUUAAAAGCCUCAUGCAGCAUUUAAAAGAAUUCGACCAGAAUCAUUCUACCGUGAUUAUGGUUCAGGUUGAGAAUGAAGUUGGCAUUCUCGGAGAUUCGCGAGACUCGUCCAGUGCGGCAGACUAUUGCUUUCGAUCCCCAGUUCCGCAGCAGCUCAUCGAUGCCCUUAAUACGAACUGGGACACCUUACACCCCAAGCUCAGAGAAAAUCUACAAGACUUCAAAUCAUUGUCUCGCAAAGGCAGUAACAAAUCCUGGGAGUCGGUUUUCGGUCAGAGCAAUCAGACUGAUGAAAUAUUCAUGGCGUACCACUACGCGCUAUACCUCGAAGAGGUCGCAGCUGCAGGCAAACAUGCUUAUCCCAUUCCUCUUUUUACGAAUGUCUGGCAGAGCUACGUCGGGGAAGAUACUGAUAAUGAAUUUCCUGCCAUAGUAGGUGGCGGAGGACAUCCGGGGGACUACCCCUCUGGCGGUGGAGUUAUCAAUGUCUUAGACAUCUGGCAGUUUUUCGCGCCGACAUUGGACUUUGUCGCUCCGGAUAUUUAUUUGAAUGAUUAUGCCUCUUCUUGCGCGAAAUAUCGACACCGUAACCAGCCACUCUUCAUUCCCGAGCAGCGUCGUGACGAGUAUGGGGCACGUCGAAUCUGGAUUGCUUAUGGCAACUACCAAUGUAUAGGGACAGCCCCAUUUGGCAUAGAUACGCUCAAAGUCGAUGAAAACCCUUUCAAGAAGCAUUACGGCCUACUUGCCAAGGUAUCAUUCCACGUUUUGGCAGCACAGCGCAAACCUGGCACUAGUAUUGGCUUCUGCUUCGACGAGCCUGAUCGUACUGGCAAGAGCCUACCCGUUGUCAGUGUUGUGUUCGGUAUGUGGAAGCUUGAAAUUGAGAGAUCCUUUGUGUUUGGGAAAGCAGGCCCGGGCUUUGGCAUGGUCAUUCAUCUAGAAGCCGCACGCUUUCUGCUCAUUGGUGAAGGCUUUCAGGUCAAGUUCUCUUCCACAGACCCAGCGGUGGUAUUCGUAGGACUGCUCAAUUUCGUUGAGAAGGAGGUCGUUAACGAAACGACGGGAGAGAUGCGUUCGAGGAGGGCUUUUGGCGGUGAUGAGACCAGAAGUGGAGCGGCAGCGGUAAUGCCUGGAGAGGAUCCUGAUUACGGAGACUUUCCUAUUUCUAUUACUAUCCCCGCAAAGACGAGGAUUGCACAGUGUGAAGUUUAUGCUCUCAAAGACGAGGUUGUUGGUGUGGAGGAGUCAUUUAUGAAUUGAAGGCGAGCUCUUACUUCUUUGUUUCCUUACUGUUCGUUACGAGUCGAUAUUAGGGUAGCAUUUCGAGAUAAAUAAGGACCUAUGACUUGUAGAGGAUUUUGGACAGCGUAUAGUAAUUUGCUAGGUUCUAA